CCGCGCCGCCGCCAUGGAGAGGGAGCUACUGGAGACGUUCGAGGCGGCCAAGAAGGCGGCCGACGCGGCGGCCGGGGAGGACGACUCGCCAGAGGCCGACCGGUGCCUCGAUGCGCUGCGGCGGCUGCGCGCCAUCCACGUCAACACCGACGUCCUCGUCUCCACGCAGGUUGGCAAACGUCUUCGGUACCUUACUAAGCACCCUCACUCAGGCAUACAGGAAGUGGCGACAGACCUUUUUGGGUACUGGAAAAAGGUUGUUCUUGAAGAGACAGGAAAGAAAAAUGGUACCUCAGAGAAUGAAAGAUCAAAUAACUCUUCAGCAAGGGCUGAGAAGGCUCAGCCCAUGAAGGUUGAAAAGAACUCUGCAUCAGCAAGUGCGAAGGUUGAGAAAAGAGACAUGGAUGUUAGGGGUCUGAAGCCUGAUACUGUCAAAGUUGAUAAGGUUGCUAGUAAUGAUUCCAAAGCUCAAUCUGUGAAGGUUGAGAGAGUUUCCAAAGAAGUUAGUAGAACUCCUGAUACAAAGAAGCCAUCUUCUGUCCGCAGUGGACCCCCUAAGCUGACAUCCCUUGUCAAAUGCAAUGAUGCUACCCGAGAUAAAAUCCGGGAACUACUUGCUGAAGCCUUCUCAAAGGUUUCUGGAGAGACUAGUGAUGACGACCGAGAGGAAGUGAGAAACAUGUUAGAUGAAGUAGACGCAUGCGACCCAUUCAGAGUUGCUGUGACAGUGGAGUCUGCGUUAUUUGAGAGGCUUGGACGUUCCACCGGGGCUCACAAGGCAAAAUACAGGUCAAUAAUGUUCAACCUGAGGGCCGAUAACAACACUGAUUUCCGGAGAAGGGUUCUCAUCGGUCAAGUGAGGCCUGAAAGGCUUCCGGACAUAUCCCCCGAAGAGAUGGCCAGUGAUGCAAGGAAGCUUGAGAAUAAGCAGAUCAAGGAGAAGGCUCUGUUUGAUUGUGAGCGUGGAGGAGCACCAAAGGCAACGACCGAUCAGUUCAAGUGUGGCAGAUGUGGCCAGCGGAAAACGACUUACUAUCAGCUCCAGACUCGGAGUGCUGAUGAACCGAUGACGACAUUUGUGACAUGCGUAAACUGCAACAAUCACUGGAAGUUCUGCUGAGUGCCGACCUGCUUAAUGUUUUUACCCUGUUAGUGCUGUCAUUCGAAUUUGACGGGCAGGUUAGAUUCAAUUUUUCGUACACUAGGAGCCUGUUUCCUUUCCACCUUUUUUUCUCUCUUGGCGAACCAGAUUUAUUCAGAUUGUACUAGUUGACCGUAUAAAUGUUGACUUAAUUAUCAUUA